AUGCUGUCCUCGAGGCUAUCCAGAACUUUCCUGCCGCGGGCUUCCGCCCUCAGCCGCGUCUCUCCCAUCACCAAGACCCCUCUCGGCUCGUCGUUCGUGAGACGGUAUGCGGAGGAGGCUCAAGAGAAGGUCAAGGGCCAGGUCAUCGGUAUUGACCUUGGUACCACCAACUCUGCCGUCGCCGUGAUGGAGGGCAAGACGCCGCGCAUCAUUGAGAACUCUGAGGGUACCCGCACCACUCCCUCCGUCGUUGCUUUCACCAAGGAUGGCGAGCGUCUGGUUGGUGUCGCCGCCAAGCGCCAGGCUGUUGUCAACCCCGAGAACACUCUCUUCGCCACCAAGCGUUUGAUCGGCCGCAAGUUCACCGAUGCCGAGGUCCAGCGCGACAUCGGUCAGGUGCCCUACAAGAUUGUUCAGCACUCCAACGGCGACGCCUGGCUCGAGGCCCAGGGCGAGAAGUACUCGCCCGCUCAGAUCGGUGGCUUCGUUCUCGGCAAGAUGAAGGAGACCGCUGAGGCCUACCUCGGCAGGAACGUCAAGAACGCCGUUGUUACCGUCCCUGCCUACUUCAACGACUCUCAGCGUCAGGCCACCAAGGACGCCGGUCAGAUCUCUGGCCUGAACGUCCUCCGUGUCGUCAACGAGCCUACUGCUGCCGCCCUCGCCUACGGUCUCGAGAAGGAGUCUGACCGCGUCAUUGCUGUCUACGAUCUCGGUGGAGGUACCUUCGAUAUCUCCAUCCUCGAGAUCCAGAACGGCGUCUUUGAGGUCAAGUCCACCAACGGUGACACUCACCUUGGUGGCGAGGACUUCGAUAUCACCCUCGUCCGCCACCUCGUCCAGCAGUUCAAGAAGGAGCAGAGCAUCGACCUCUCCAACGACCGCAUGGCCAUUCAGCGUAUCCGUGAGGCCGCUGAGAAGGCUAAGAUCGAGCUGUCUUCUUCCCUCUCCACCGACAUCAACCUUCCCUUCAUCACUGCCGAUGCUUCGGGUCCCAAGCACAUCAACACCAAGCUCACCCGUGCUCAGCUCGAGGGUCUCGUCGACCCUCUGAUCAGCCGCACUGUCGAGCCCGUUCGCAAGGCCCUCAAGGACGCCAACCUCCAGUCCAAGGACAUCCAGGAGGUCAUCCUCGUUGGUGGUAUGACCCGUAUGCCCAAGGUUACCGAGUCUGUCAAGAGCAUCUUCGGCCGUGAUCCCGCCAAGUCGGUCAACCCCGAUGAGGCUGUUGCCAUUGGUGCUGCUAUCCAGGGUGCCGUCCUUUCCGGUGAGGUCACUGAUGUUCUCCUGCUCGAUGUCACUCCUCUCUCCCUCGGUAUCGAGACCCUUGGCGGUGUUUUCACCCGUCUGAUCAACCGCAACACCACCAUCCCCACCAAGAAGUCCCAGGUCUUCUCCACCGCUGCCGACUUCCAGUCCGCUGUCGAGAUCAAGGUCUACCAGGGUGAGCGUGAGCUCGUCCGCGACAACAAGCUCCUCGGCAACUUCCAGCUCGUUGGCAUUCCUCCUGCCCACCGUGGUGUUCCUCAGAUCGAGGUCACCUUCGAUAUUGAUGCCGACUCGAUCGUCCACGUCCACGCCAAGGACAAGUCCACCAACAAGGACCAGUCCAUCACCAUCGCCUCUGGCUCUGGUCUUUCGGACUCUGAGAUCGAGAACAUGGUGCAGGAUGCUGAGCGCUACCAGGAGCAGGACAAGGAGCGCAAGGCCGCCAUUGAGGCUGCCAACCGCGCCGACUCCGUCCUGAACGACACCGAGAAGGCCCUGAAGGAGUUCGAGGACCGCCUUGACAAGACCGAGGCUGGCAAGAUCCGCGAGAAGAUCGACUCUCUCCGUGAGUUCGUCACCAAGUCCCAGGCUGGUGAGGGCACCGCCACCGCCCAGGAGCUCAAGGAGAAGACCGACGAGCUCCAGUCCGCUUCCCUGAGCCUCUUCGACCAGAUGCACAAGGCCCGCUCCGAGCAGCAGGGUGAGCAGCAGCAGCAGCAGGGUGAGGGCGAGAAGAAGGAGUAA